AAAUGUCUAUAUAAACACAUGAACACGGCUUUAUCAAAUUCUUACCUUGCUCAUCAUCAAUGGCUACACAUUACAAUAUUCUGUAUUUUUUAUGUAUAUCUCUUAUCAAUUUCUCACUCUUCAUCCCUACAUUUGCACAAACAGACAAUUAUAUUGUUCACAUGGACUUGUCCGCCAUGCCCAAACCCUUUCGUAGCCAUCAUAGUUGGUACUCAGCAGUUCUGUCUUCUUCUAAACUUCUUUAUACUUAUACUCAUGUCAUCAAUGGUUUUAGUGCUCAUCUCUCGCUUUCUGAGCUCGAGGCAUUGAAACAUUCUCCAGGGUACAUUUCUGCCACUAAAGACUUGCCUGUCAAACUCGACACGACUCGGUCCCCUACGUUUCUUGGCCUCCACGGCAACUCAGGGACGUGGCAGCGGACGAAUUACGGAGAGGGUGUGAUUAUCGGGGUUGUGGAUACCGGUAUAUGGCCGGAAAGUGAGAGUUUCAGUGAGAAAGGAAUGUCGGAGAUUCCGAAAAGAUGGAAAGGAGAAUGUGAAAGUGGCAGGGACUUCAAUUCUUCAAUGUGCAACAAGAAACUUAUUGGAGCUAAAUUUUUUAACAGAGCUUUAGUUGCCAAAACUCCUAACAUCACCAUUUCUAUGAAUUCGAGUCGCGACACCAACGGCCACGGGACCCACACGUCCAGCACGGCGGCUGGAAAUUUCGCGGAAGGUGCCUCUUUCUUCGGCUACGCUGCCGGAACUGCUAGCGGUGUGGCUCCGAAGGCUCAUGUGGCUAUGUAUAAAGCUGUCUGGGAAGAAGGUGUGUUUACAGCUGAUUUAAUUGCUGCAAUUGAUCAAGCUAUAAUGGACGGCGUGGAUGUAAUUUCCAUUUCGUUCGGCUUGGAUGGUGUUCCUUUGUACGAAGACUUUAUUGCCCUGGCUACAUUUGCUGCCGUAGAGAAGAACAUUUUCGUAUCCACUUCAGCAGGAAAUGAUGGCCCUUUUCUUCACACAUUACACAAUGGUAUCCCUUGGGUUCUAACCGUUGCUGCUGGUACGCUCGACCGCGAAUUCAGCGCGGUUUUGACCCUCGAAAAUGGUGUUUCCGUCACCGGCCAGUCUGUUUACCCUGGAAGUUACUCUUCUAACCGAACUCCAAUUGUUUUCUUGGGUUCAUGUCUUGAUUCCAAGGAGGUGAUUAAGGCAGGACCAAAAAUUGUAGUGUGUGAAGAUAAAAACGCUUCUCUGGAUGACCAAUUUGAUAACCUGAAACAUGCUAAUAUCACCGGAGGUGUCUUCAUAACCGAUGAAAUCGACCUUGAAUUAUUUAUUCAAAGUGGAUUUCCGGCAAUUUUCGUAAGCCGAAACGACGGAAAGCCAAUUAAGGAUUUCAUCAAGAGCCGAAAAAGCCCACAAGCGAAAAUGGAAUUUCGGAAGACAAGUUUGGGGAUCAAAUUAGCUCCGAGUCUGACUAGCUACAGCUCGAGAGGACCAUCGCCGAGUUGUCCGUACGUUAUGAAACCUGACAUUAUGGCUCCCGGUUCGUUAAUCUUAGCCGCAUGGCCUCAAAACGUCGAAGCCGUAAGCAUCAACUCUAAACCGCAAUUCAGCAGUUUCAACAUACUGGCUGGAACAUCAAUGUCUUGUCCACAUUUAUCAGGAGUGGCGGCGCUCGUAAAAAAGGCGCAUCCUGAUUGGAGCCCGGCCGCGAUCCGCUCAGCCAUGAUGACGACUGCUGAUACAGAAGAUCACACUUCCACGCCUAUCAAAGACAUCGGCAAUAAAAACCAGCCUGCAACUCCAUUAGGCAUGGGCGCGGGCGAGGUUAACGCUAGCAAGGCGCUAGACCCCGGUCUGAUUUACGACAUGAACACAACCGAUUACGUGAACCUCCUCUGCGCAUUAAAUCUCACGCAAAAGCAAAUAAAGAUAAUCACAAAAUCAUCUUCUAAUGACUGUUCUUCGCCGUCGUUAGACAUUAAUUACCCGUCUUUUAUUGCCUUCUUUAACCCAAACGACAUUAGAAGUUUGAUCAUUGUACAAGAGUUUCACCGGACAGUGACCAAUGUAGGAGAAGGAAUGUUAAAUUACAGUGCAAAAUUGACGGCCAUUGAUGGAGUAAAGGUGAGUGUGGUGCCAGACAAGUUAGAGUUUACAGGCAAGAACGAGAAGCUGAGUUAUAAAUUAGUGAUAGAAGGUCCGGCAAUGGUGAAAGACAGAGUAGCUUUUGGUUAUCUUAGGUGGGUUGACAGUGAAGGUAAAUACAGUGUGAAGAGUCCUAUAGUGGUUACAACAUUGAGUUCAGAGUUAGUUUCUUCUUAAUUAGAAGAGCUCAUUUUAAUUAUCAUAAUUUAUUACUUGUUGUAUACUUCAAAAUACUUUUUAUUUUUACUUUUUAAGUGAAAUGUUGGUAUUAUCGAAA